GAUAAUGGAAUGAGAAUAAUCUCACACUGAUUCAAUUUGCUAUCGACCAUAGUGGUCAAGUGGAGUGGAAAGUUUGAGCCUGAUCUCAAGCCGUAACUUUUCUGUCGCAUGGCGCAUGGAGAGCAGUUUGGAGACGUACGUUGUUCGCGUUGGCAAUACCUGUUUUCUUCACGGAGCGUUGGAGUUACAUUCGUUCGAACGGAUUCAAUCAAACACCCUUUUGUCUUUCGUUAAAGGAUACGGGCCAGUUUCACGGUACAAAGGACCGCCAACGGCUACAACAAUGCAUCGCUAUCGAUUGUCGACGAACAUGUCCGUUUACGUCUGCAUCGUGAUCCUCAUUUUAAUCUCGAUUGCAAUCGACGACACGGAGGCUAGACGUGGACGCGCUAGGGGUCGCACGAAAUCUAGGAUGCAAAUUGGUCUUCCAAUAACGGGAAAAUAUCGUGAUCCAGAAUCGGACCAGUAUUACAACAAUAAUAACGGAGCGAAAAUAACACUUGCAUCACAUUUUGAUUAUGAAUACGUAUUGGGACACAAGAUCGCUUUUCUGUGUGUAGCACGUGGAACACCUCGACCGACCAUCACCUGGUUUAAGGACGGUGUCGAGAUCUUCAGCCAUCUGUAUCUUCAUGUACACGAAUGGUACAUCGGCAAGGAUAAGGUAAAGUCGAAGAUUGAGAUCGAUCCGGCCACGCAGAUGGAUGCCGGUGUAUACGAGUGUACCGCCGACAAUAUGUACUCGAUCGAUCGAAGAAGUUUUAAGACCGAUUUCUCGAUCGCAUUUGAUUAGCCCCUUCGUACAUUGCUGCUGGACAUGUCCAGUAAGAUAGCCGCAUUAGCAAACACGUGAGCACAGAUAGUUUAAACCAUUCCAACAGCAUGUAGCGUAAAUAAAAUGAGAUAUUCGUAUAUACAUA